CAGAUAUUUUUCCUGAAAAUGUUCUUUUUCAAUUUACUUUUCUUGUAAAUGUAGUUCCUGUAAAAUUUAAGGAUUGGUUAAUCAGCAUGAAGAUAUUUCGGGGUCCAUAUCAGAAUAUUGAAAAUACUGAAACUCAACAGGAUAAGAAUGUGUUGAGGUUUCUCUGCUUUUCUCUUGGGCUGACCUGGGUUUGGAUGAUUAUACUCUUUAUAAUCUCCUUCAACCUUUACUCUAACUUUCCCAGAGAUGAAUCCCUUACCAAGGAAGGCGAACAAAAACUGAAAGACUUUAUCACCUUUACCAUCAACCGAGAAAUGGCAGUUGGAAGUUUAAAAUCUAUUCAAUCGUAUUCAGUUUCCUCUGAGACUCGAGGUGCAGUGAGAUCAAUAGAGUUUUAUAACCUUCUUCAAACCUUGGAGGUGGAUUCUGAAGGGUGUAUAAAAUAUUGGAAAUCAAUCAAGUCUACUGCAGCUCCAAGCAAUUAUUUGUUGAAGGAAGGUCUCGACUUUCGUCUUUCAUCGAAUGGUUCAAAGAUAACUAUUUUGACGGGAGGACUGUUCUCCAUCUACGUUCAGACACAGUGGGAAUUACAAAAGAAUGAAACCGGAGAAUUGAAUCUCGUGAUAACAAGAGGUUUAAACAAUUCUCAAUCCAAGAUUUUUAGCUGUACAUUAGGAAUAAAAAGAACAGCAGGUUUGGACAAGAAGACCUGUUAUACGGAAACAGUUCAAUAUUUGAGUUCCAACCAACAAAUUUGGAUUUCUACAACUAAUUAUAAAAAGAAUAUUCUUGGUGACCAAAAUAAAACUUUCUUGGGAUUAGUUCGUUUAAACUAAUGUAAAAAUAUGCAAUUAUAAAUAAACGUUGAAAAAACA